CCUUUCCAAGACCAUCACCUUGUCCGCAAUUCAGCGUGGUAUCCUAUCAGAGGUACGCAUCUGCUUUCCAUACUUCAUUUCUUAUGUGUAGCGAAAUGGACUCCUUCGCACUUCCGUGCCUUCCAGAUUUGCAACUCAACCACUCAAGUGAUCAAUGUACUUAACCGAAUUGGCUCCCAGUGGCUAAGCGACAUGCUUGGACCCGACCCGAUUUGGACACACUGCUACACCAUGCUUCUAUGUGGAAAUGAGCUAUUUGUCCCAGCCUUCACGGAGAAGAUCUCCAGAAUAGGUCAUUGGGCAUUCUCCACUGAGGUUGUAUACUCCGUACGACAGCGGCAACCGGUUCAGGAUUUUAGAAAAUGGCCUGCAUCAACAACGGUUCAGGGAAGGUCAAAGAAGCAAAUAUGUCUUAGAUGGGACACAGGCUCUUCGAAUUCCACCACAUUGAUGCCGGUUACUACUCGUCCGGCGUAGUAUGUACAAUGUGCUUCUGCCAUUUCCACACCAAAUCUCAGCUUACGCCACCCGAAAAACAAACGCAAUGUCUUCCAGAGAGGGUACGACCUGGCGAAAAUGAGCAGCGAGAUUUCACCCCCUCGCAUCUUUGCGGGGAAAGUGGGCCUUCAGGUUUGCUUUUCCUUCUCUGCUUUCAACUCGCGUCUCUUACUGUCACAAUUGACGUAUGACAACUGAGUCCUUGGUGGUUCGGUCGUCUAAUGAUAGCCCAGAGCAACAUAGGCGCGGCAUCCAGGGUGCAGCCAGACAG